AUGUCAGCCAGCAGGUGCGAGAUCAUGCCGGCGGCGGCGACAGCGGCGUGCGAUGACGGGCGCGAGGCGCCGACGAAGACGCUGAGUGAGUGGCUCCACAGCAAACCGCCGGCUAAGCUCGUGGGCGUCAUGACCGAGCUGCUGCACUACGCCUCCGAGUCGGGCAGGCUCCUGGACUCUGCGGUGACUGCCCUCGCCCAUCGCGGCUUGUCUCGGCUGCUUUCGCUGACGGAUGCAGAGGACAAACGCAUUCGCAUCAAGGCGGCAGAGUGCAUUGUUCGCUUUGCCGCUGGUUCGGAACUGGUUCAGAACAUCCUCGUCGAGCUCGAUGCCGGCUUUGGCUGGGGCCCGCUCUUUGUCAUCCAUCCCUCGAACAAGUACAAGGCCGAGCAAUCGCGCCAGCUAACCUUUCUGACGCUUCGCUACUACCUGCGCAACAACGCCCUGCCCUCGCUCAACAUCGAGCAGAAGCGAAUCUUUCUCGAACUCGCCACCACCGUCCGCGAUGUCGUCGACACCAUCGACGCUGUCGUCGCUGCAGAGACCCGUGCGCUCCUACUGGACUCGGACGAUGAGGCCGAGGCUGAUGCCGACGUCAGCGCCAGCCAAGCCACUAUUCCGUUGUUGUGGUGCUACCCGCGACCCGAGCCGCGUGGCUCGCGCCAUCUCGAGUCUUCGCUCCAUCGUUCCCGGGUCUUGUUCCCAGACCCAGCUAGCGCGCUCUUUGGCUUUGUGCACACCGCCAGGCUGCGGGCGGAGAACGCGAUAUCAUCAUCGUCGCUGGCAGAGCCACGGCCGCCAGCGGCCGCGUCCUCUGCGCCGCCGCCUGCGCCGCCGAUCAUCACCACCAUGCUGUCGGCCGACGGCUCGUCAGGCGGUAUUCUCUCGCCGCACUCGCUCGCGCUCAGCCGGCCACACACCUCGCGGCACAACGAGAGCCAGCCGCUGGUGACGCCUGAUCCGCCGUCGGCGCGCCAGGUUAAGCACGCGCGGAGGCUUUCGCUCUCGGCGCUCUCGACGUCAAUGGGCCGCCUGCGGCCGGUGCCGACCGCCACAUCGGACGAGUCGACUCCCGAGUCGCCACGAGCAAAGCGGCGAACACCUCGGCAGCGCCGGCACAUGUUUGGCUCAAUCCAUGAGCUCUCCUUCUAUCCGCGAACCAUCCGCCGUCUUCCGGCACACUUUUACGACACUGAGGAUCUGGUCGAUCUGCUCCGGAGCCGGCGGAUCGAUGAGGUCCGCCUCAACUACGUCCGGUUCCGCGACAUGGUGGUCGAGUCGGGUGGCCCGCGGUACCGACGGCGACUCUCGCUCCCGUCCAACUACAAGCACAAUCCAGUGCACUCGCUCGCUGUCUCAGUCCGGCUGCGUGCAUCGGCGGCGCUCGACGCGUCCGCGCUCCACCUGCCGCUGCAUGGUCCGUGGGACGAGGGCAUUGUGCCGCCGCUGUAUCUGGAAGACAUGCAGCCGGCGCUGGUCAUGACAGCCGGCUCACCGCGGUCUCCGCGCUUGAUGUACAUGCCGAGCACGACCAACAGCUCCAGCGGUGCGCUCACAACCGCCGAGCUCACUGGGCCGGACGGCGCAGAGGGCAGCAAGAGCGGGCCGGUAUUUGGGCGUGCCGAGCUUGCCGCAGCUGUGGCGCAGACGCGCACGCCAACCAAGGCGCCGCGGCCGUCGAUGCUGGAGACCUCUCUUGCUGCGUCAACAUCCGACGGCUCUGUGGUGAUGGCGAUGGUGAAGCCCAAGGGUGGGACGAAGGCUGGCGGACGGCCCAAGGUAGCACGGGCAGAGUCAAUGCGGCGGAUCCGCCGGCAGCGGCUGGCGCGCGAGCGCAAGCGCGAGUCGUCGCUUCUCGCUGGGAGCAGUGGCGGCGGGCACGGGCAUGGGGCGAGUCGGCGAGCGCAGUCGGCGCGGCCGCGUUCGCGGUCGGGAUCGCGACGGAUACUCUCGGGCGCUUCGCUCUCGACCGACGCGGCCGGCUCGAGCGGCGGCGACGGAUCGUCGAUGCGCGAGUCACGGGGCGAGCGGCGGCGGCCGUCGUCGCGGCUCCGGUCGGUCUUCCUCACCACUGUUCAAAAGGCUUCCGAGUUCUACGCCUUCCCCCUCGGGCCGCUCUUUGCGCUGCAAAUUGGUCCGCAGGCAGCCGAGCACAACUUUGGCUCGCAUGCCGUCCGGCGGCGGGUGCUCUCGCAGAGGACCGAAGCGCUGUAUCAUGGACAUGUCGAGGUCAAGCCGUAUAACACCGGCGUGGGUGUCUCCAAGGCUGCAAUGCAGGCCAGGCUUGAAGCCAUCACAUCGGGUCUCGAGAGCCGCGGGCACGAUCCAUCGCUCUCGUACGCCGAAGAGGACGUGCUGUACGACGACUCGUACGACCCGUUUGCGUCGAUGGUCGGCCUGCCCAACGGCAUGCUCAACGAGCCCAAGUCAAUUGUCUCGCCGUAUGUCUCACACGUCAAGGCCAAAGCCUCGAGCCAGCUCUCGAUCUCGCACUCGGUCUCGCCCAUCAAGAAGGAGCGCCCGCUCCUGCGCGACGAUUCGCCGCAGCCGGUCAUCGAGCGCUCGUCGCGCGACAUCAUGAUGUCGUUCCAGAACCUGCUCCGCACCCCGUUGGAGGACACUCUGCCGUAUGAUGAAGCUGACGGUGCGCUCCUCGACCUCGAGACGACAUCCCAUCGCGACGCGGCAACCCGUGGCAUGAUGGCCGCCGCCGCCGAGGCGCUCCGCCAGCCGUCGACGGGCUCGUCGACGUCGUCAACCGCGCUCCGCCCGCCUCGCUUUGUGCCCACCGCCGACGUCUUUCUCGCCCGCCCACUCUCGAGCUCCAACGCCCGAACUGCGCCCGCAGACAUCGACCCAUCGGUCUACCGCUUCAAUCUGGAUCCCAUCCGCGAAAAGCGCCGGAUCCAGGCAAUCCUUGACGCCCGCGCCGAACAGGAGCGCCGUCUCGCCGCCUCCCGGCGGGCCGCCCGCCGCAAGGCCGCCGCCCUCCGAGGCGAAGACUCGGACGAAUACUCUGACUCUGGCUCGUACUAUUACGAAUAAACAGAUGCAACGGA